GUCGUCGUCGUCACUUGCUUUUUUCAACUUGCACUGAUACGACGGUUGCAGCCAGCAGAAAAACAAUAAGUUUUAAUUUACCUUAAAAUGGCCAGCCAAACGCAGGGAAUCCAGCAAUUGCUUGCUGCUGAAAAGAAGGCAGCUGAGAAGGUUGCCGAGGCCAGAAAACGCAAGGCAAGGAGAUUGAAGCAAGCCAAGGAUGAGGCCACCGAGGAGAUCGAGAAAUUCCGACAGGAGCGUGAACGUUCCUUUAAAGAAUUUGAGGCCAAGCACAUGGGUAGUCGCGAAGGGGUUGCAGCGAAAAUCGAUGCAGAUACUCGUGUGAAACUCGCCGAUAUGGAGGGCGCCAUCAGGACGCGCAAAGAACCCGUCAUACAGGAGAUCUUGCAAUUCGUCUACAACAUCUCGCCCGAAGUGCACAAAAACUACAACAGGAAGUAAAUUUUUGGAGCAUGGGCAACAGCGUUGGCCGCAUCCAAGAUAUGCUCGUUUCUAUUGUAAAUUCGAUGUCCAAAAUGCAUAAUUUAGCCCCUUAAUAAUAGUGCAUACUAUAUUAAACACUGCUGUAUUAUUAUUCCAUAUAUUAAAAAUUUGUUGUUUCACCAAGCUAGAACCUCGGUGCAGUUAAAA